GCUAAGAAGGACUCGAACUAGGCAGAAACUCAAGAAGGGCUAAUAACAUUUAACAACCACCAUGAGAGGAAGUUCCCAUUCUCAGAAAACCCUAACCAUCAGCGGCUCGAGCAGGAUGAGGGUCCAGAGCCCAUCCCCGUCGCGCUGCAGAGCUUCUUCGUCCUCGGUGACCCGUGGACGUGCUGGUUUCCAGAGAGGCGCGGUGGAGAUUGGCACAGAGCUCCAUCAGCAUCAUGCUAACGAGAAAGAGGAGAUGCAGCUUCUUAACGCCCGGUUCGCCGGUUACAUUGAGAAGGUUCAGGCUCUAGAGCAGAGGAACGCGGCACUUAGGGAGGAGCUGCAGAAUCUGCAGAGUCGAUACAAGGUGGGACCAGGAGGACUGGGUGAGGAGUAUGAGGCCAAAUUUAAGGAAAUGAAGGACCUGAUCGCAGCACUGACAGCUGAGAAAGGGGCUGCUGAUAUUGAGAGAGGAUAUGCUGAGGAGGAAGUCGAGCUCUGGACCAUGAAGCUGGAGGAAGAGCUCGCACUUAAAGAGGAGGCAGAGAUGAUCCUGCGUGAGUUCCGUGAGGAUGUGGACAACGCCACGCUGCAGAAGGCUGACCUGGAGAGGCGUGUGGAGCAACUGGUGGCCGAGAUCGAGUUCCUAAAGAAGCUACAUAGUGAGGAAGUGGCUGAGCUGUUGAAGCAGAUUGAGGAAUCAAAGGUGUCCGUGGAGCUUGACUCGGAUCGCCCAGAUCUGGCCGCUCACCUGCGCAAGACACGUGCCGAGAUCGAAGCCGUUGCCGCACGGAACGUCCAGGAAGCUGAGAAGUGGUACAAGGGGAAAUUUGACACCCUUAAGGAAAGUGCUGCCAAACGUGAGACCCAGGUGAGCGCCAUGAGGGAGGAAAUCAGCACCCUGAGCAGUGAAGCGUCUGACCUGCAAAACCAAAUCGACGCCCUCAGGGCCAAAAACGCUGCUCUGGAACAGCAGUUGGACGACAUGGAGAUGUCGCACCUGGACAAGAUGUCCAACCUGGAUGCCAUCAUCGCUCAGCUCGAGAACCAGCUGUGUGAAACCAAGAUAGAGAUGGCCAAAUACCUUGCUGACUACCAAGAGCUGCUUAACAUCAAACUGAAGCUAGAUGUUGAGAUCGCCACCUACAGGAAGCUUCUGGAAGGAGAAGAGAAACGACUCGGCAUCUCAAUCAGCGAAGACAAAGCAGGAACUUCAGCCGCUGUGGAAGAAUGAAUCUUAUGCACUUCAUCGCGCAAUACAAGCAUACAUACACCCCGCCACACAACCAAACACAUGUCUCCACCAUUGGUAACUAUGCCCGCUAAAAUGUCUCUCAUCCAAAUUUUGCUGUAACUGACCUGAACACGUGUUAAUAAAGCUUGACUUGAGUGCA